AGUCAGUAGCAGCAGCUGCAGCAGCAACAACACUGGCAGCAACGGCUGCAGCAGCAGCAACAGUGAAAGACAGUCAUGUGUAAGCAUCUCUGUUGUCGGAGACUUGUUACUGUUGUGGAGUUAAGCUGAUCGACACGAUAAAGGUGUGCUGAGGUGUGUGGCAAAGUUUGAUUUCACCACCAGCACCGCCGUUGGAGGGGUUUAGGGGGUUAUUAGCUGCCACUUCUGUUGUUCCUGUUCUUGUUGUUGUUAUUGUUGUUGGUGGUGGCCUAUAGGGUUUCCUACUUUCACUCUUCUCACUUGUGGAUGUCUUUGAUUAUUAUUCAUCUUUGGUCAUCUCUCACAUAAUAAGUGAUGGGGAAUAUCCUGGAGAUCGAUGGGCUCCCAGACCAGCUCAUCAGAUUACAGGUUGAGAAUGUGAAAUGGUUGGAUCGUGUCAACCCUCGCAAGUCAUCGGAAGGUACUUUACACUUAACUGCCACCCACCUGAUUUUUGUGGACAACGUUCGGAAAAAGGAAACAUGGAUCCUUCACAUGUACAUAGGAAGUGUAGAGAAACAUCCUAUAACGACAGCGGGGAGCCCACUUUACAUCAAAUACAAAAACUUUAUGGCCAUCACAUUUAUCGUCCCACGUGAAAGAGACUGUCAAGAUGUUUAUACAUCUCUUCUUAAACUUUCACAGCCAGCGAGUCUGGAAGAUUUGUAUGCAUUCCAAUUCAAAAUUAAUGAAGGCAUGCCACAAAAUCAUGGAUGGGAAAUGUUCAAUUUCCGAAUGGAGUAUGACCGUAUGGAUGUACCAAACAAUAAAUGGGUACUGACUAACAUCAACAAAGAUUAUGAGAUCUGUGAUACUUAUCCCCGCUUCUUGUACGUCCCAGCAUCAGCUACCACACCAGUUCUUGUUGGUAGCUCUAAGUUCCGAAGCAGGGGCCGUCUUCCUGUGUUGUCCUACUAUCAUCGAAACAAUUCAGCUGCUAUCUGCCGAUGCAGUCAACCACUUGCUGGAUUCAGUGCUCGAUGCGUGGAAGAUGAACAGAUGCUCAAUGCCAUUUUGAGAGCGAACCCGGAGUCAUCAUUUAUGUAUGUGGUUGACACCCGACCAAAGAUCAAUGCUGUUGCUAACAAAGCUGCUGGGAAAGGCUAUGAAAAGGAAAGCUUCUAUUCCAACAUCAAGUUCCAAUUUUUGGGAAUUGAGAAUAUCCAUGUGAUGAGGAGUAGCUUACAAAAACUUCUUGAAGUCUGUGAGUUGAAGAAUCCUUCCAUGUCUGCAUUCCUAUCAGGUCUGGAGAGCAGUGGCUGGUUAAAGCAUGUGCGAGCUGUCAUGGAAACUUCAGUUUUCAUUGCUAAAGCUGUCUCUGAAGGUGUCAGUGUCCUUGUACACUGUUCAGAUGGUUGGGACCGCACAGCUCAAACAUGUUCUUUGGCUUCUCUCAUGUUGGACCCUUACUAUAGAACAUUAAAAGGAUUUCAGGACCUUAUUGAAAAAGAAUGGCUGGCUUUUGGACAUAAGUUUACAGACCGAUGUGGUUUUCUGGGCACAGUGGACCCUAAAGAAGUUUCCCCGGUGUUCACACAAUUCAUUGACGCAGUAUGGCAGAUGACCCACCAGUACCCCUGUGCUUUUCAAUUCAACGAACGUUUCCUGCUGGUUCUUCACGAUCAUGUUUUCUCAUGUCAAUAUGGUACCUUUAUUGGAAACUGUGAGAAGGAUCGUAUUGAUCUAAGGUUGUCAGAAAGAACACACUCCCUCUGGGGUUACAUCCAUAAGUACAUGAACGACUUCAUCAACCCCAUUUUCCAGAAGGAUAACAUGGCAACUAAAGCAAGUGGGUUGCUUUUCCCGAACACUUGCCCCCAAAUCUUCAGGUUUUGGAAAGGAAUGUAUAACCGCUUUGACACUGGUGUGCAUCCUAGAGAAGAAAUAAUGGAUACAUUGGCAACAGCUAAAGAACACAGCAGCUCCCUUGAAGACCAUAUACGGUUACUGGAAAUGAGAAUCAAUGACCUUUGCAAACGAAUGGGUAUUUCUGAGGAAGUGAUCCAGCGUAAGCUACAGUGUUUCUCGUCUAUGGACUCUCUUGACGGUGUUUUACUGACAGAACCUACCGAAGAGAAUGGUGGAGAUAAGUUAAGCAGUACCAACUUAACCCUCACCAAGUCCUUUGAAUCAGAAAACAAUCACGUUGCUGGUAAGAGUGACACUGAAUCUGGCUUUGAUGAAUCCAGUUCCCAGUUGUCUCGUUCAGGUAUUGAUGACGGCCUGGUAUCCAGUGUAGUGUCUUUGACAAGCGUCACUGGCAGUUCCGAACCCCUCACAAAAGCUCAACUCUAUGAAGAAUUAGCGUCCGUUGCUAUUGACUGGAAGCCAUUCCGGAAUGUACAAAACUGUAGUUGUGCAUAUUCUUUUGAACAUUUUUCAAAGAAGUACCAUUGUUGGAAGUGUGGUGAGGUGUUUUGUACCCGUUGUAUCGCUGCUCAUCUACCUCUGCCAGGUCAUUUCCCCAAACGCCAUGCACCAGUCUGUGUGCAGUGUUACAGCCAAUUGAACCGAGUCCUGCCUUUACCAGAGGUUUCUGCACAGGUGGCCAGCUGAAUAGACCCAAACCAAACCAAAUGAAUUAAUUCACUUCAGUUGUGACUGUUUCAUACAAAAACCCACCGAACAUUGGUACCAGUUUUAGAGAAUCAAUAUAAAAAAAAAAUGUGAACAAAAUGUAAUGUUAAUAAUAAUAAUAAUAAUAAUAUAAAUAUAAAUAUAUGUAAAGAUAAGUGAAUAAGAUAGCCCUUUUUUCCCCAAGCCACCCAAAUGAAGUAGUCUCCACUCACCCUCACCUCCUCCACUGUCAUAUUUACACACAGGAUAUAAUAAAAUGAUCUUCAUUUUGAAGGAUUCACACACUGUAUGUACGUGUGUGUGUGUGUGUGUUUGUGUAUGUGUGCAUGCUUGUGUUUGUCUGUGUGUGUAAGUAAGAAAAGAUAAACAGUCAAAAGAAGAAAAAAAAACAGAGAAAUUAAAAAGACAACAAAAUAGUCAAAUGAAUAUUUAAAUAAUAAUAAUUAUGACAACAACAACAAGAAAAAAAAAGAUCCCUCUCUUGAAUAGCCCUUUCCCUUCCUCCCUCCUGCCCUUCCAUUCUCCUCUCCCAAUCUUCUCUCUCUCUGUCAAAAACUGG